AUGUUACAGGCAAGGGAGGAUGUGAUCCACAUGCUGAAGACAGAAAAAACCAAACCUGAAGUUUUAGAAGCUCAUUAUGGGUCUGCAGCUCCAGAGAAUGUGCUCCGAGUGCUACACAGGGAUGCCAUUCUUGCCCAGGAAAAGUCUAUAGGGGAAGACGUCUAUGAGAAACCAAUUUCAGAGCUGGACAGACUUGAAGAAAAGCAGAAAGAGACGUAUCGGCGCAUGCUGGAACAGCUCCUGUUGGCAGAAAAGUGCCAUCGCCGCACAGUUUAUGAGCUGGAAAAUGAGAAACAUAAACAUACAGAUUACAUGAACAAGAGUGAUGACUUUACCAACCUCUUGGAGCAGGAGCGGGAGAG